CCUGUGAUAAAAUUGUUGCAAACUAGUUGAAUCUUUUUGGUGAUCAUCAUUUAAUAUUACACUGCUUCUAUCAGACAAUUCAGUGAUCAAAAGUGUCUUUGUUAUCUCAGCAUCAUAAAACUAUUUUGGUAUGUCUGUAUGUGAUCUUACUUGCUCGAUGUUAUAUCAAAAUCUUCAAUGAUUAAUCGAAAUAUUUAAUCUCAUAUAGACAUUUUCAUAGAAUUAACAGUUCUUGACCCUGCCAUCGUUGGGUUAAGGUUAGGUUAAUAAUACUAAAAUCACUGAGAUCUCACAACUGCUGAGAUAGAAAACCCAAAGUGGCACCAAUUUGUCUCAUUGCUUACUUGCAUAAAAAAGCUUGAAUAUUCUUUUCUAUCAAGUUUACAACACUGUUACUGAGCAAAGUUAUCAAAUGUGACUGUACAAGAACAAAAUGACUGAUGAAUAUGAAUCGAUUAUUUUUACAGAUAUAUAAGCGACUAAGUUACUGUAACUUAGUCACUUUCAUUAUGCUCAAAGCAGAUAUAAACCGAAAACCAAGAUGGUACCAUGGAGGUGUAGCUGGAGGUAUGGCCGUUUUUUGCACUCAUCCUUUAGAUUUACUGAAAGUGCAUUUACAAACUCAACAGACAGGCAAAAUCAGAGCAUCUCAGAUGGCUGUUUCCAUUAUACGCAGUCAAGGAGCUCUUGCUUUAUAUAAUGGGGUCAGUGCCUCAGUUGGAAGACAGCUUACAUAUACGACUGCACGGUUUGCUGUGUAUGAUUUGCUUCGGCCAUUUAUCAUAUCAGAGGGAGAAAAGAAUCCAUCACUUGUCAAAAAAAUGCUGCUAGCCAGUGUGGGUGGCUUCGUUGGUGGAAUUGUAGGAACACCUUGUGAUGUUAUUAAUGUCAGGAUGCAAAAUGAUAUAAAGCUUCCAAUGAACCAAAGAAGAAAUUAUAGGCAUGUUUUUCAUGGUUUAUUCAGUACUGCAAAGGGGGAAGGGGUCAAAUCACUGUUCAAUGGAGUUCAAAUGGCAACGUUAAGAGCUAUUUUGAUGACCAAUGGCCAAAUAGCUUUUUAUGACCAAAUCAAACAAAAUUUGUUAAAUACUUCAUAUUUUAAAGAUAAUAUAGUCACUCAUUUCACGUCAAGUUUUUUAGCAGCUGCUUUAGCCACUGCCAUGACCCAGCCAGCCGAUGUUUUGAAAACUCGUCUUAUGAAUGCCAAGCCUGGUGAAUUCAAUAGCACAUGGCAUUGUGUUGUAGAUACUGGGAAAGUUGGCCCUUUGGGAUAUUUUAAAGGAUUUGUUCCAGCUUUUGUUAGACUUGGUCCGCAAACUAUUUUAAUGUGGGUAUUCAAAGAGCAAAUGAGAAUAAGACUUGGGAAAACUUAAAUACUACUGAGAUCAGCCCAUAGUUGAUAAUUGAGAUAUAUUUUUGUCAAUUGGGCUUUGCGCUAAUACUGUUGAACUCGCUAGCAGCCUUUUAGAUAUGUUAAUUGAUUUUCAUUAUAGAUCUUUGAUUUGCUUAGCUUUAUUUUUUUGUACCAAUAUUACUUGUUAUGACAAUAAUGAUUUGAAUUCGGUUCAUCUUAUGCACCAUCCUGGUCCAUUACAUCGGAUUAUCUCAAACAAUUACAUUUAUUCUUAAGUCAACAAAGAAAAUACUGCCCCUAUUGAAAUGUUUGAGCUUGGCUAUGAUUAGGCUCGUUCGUAUCGUCGAUUAGGGUUUUUCUGAUCCAGGGUUCUUUUAUUUCGUUUUUAUUCUCUGUUAUCAUGUUGUCAAAAUCUAUUUUUCAAUUGCUGUUUGUUGUGUGCAAUUUAUAUAAUAAAAUAUAUUUUCCAUCUAGAAUUUACCUCUAAAGAUUUUAUUGCUUUUAACUUUUGUGAUGAAUGACAUUACAGAGUUUCUCUUACAAUUUUCCGCUUCUCUUUCUUUCAUGAAUUUUGGGUUUGCUUGCCAAUUUUUACUAAUAACAUUACUUGAAUUGCAUUAUGCAUGUGUCGUUUCAAUUUCAUAUAUGCGCAAUUUUACAUCAUUUUGAACUAUUUUGCCAGAAUAUUGAAAAAUGAAAUGAAUCGUGUUACAACUUCUGUCUGUCUUUCUUACUUCAAACUAAUGUAAAACGAAUUGGUGUGGCACAAUCAUUGACACAAAAUCCCUGCCAAGUUUAUGGCUAUACCUAUAAGUAACGCUACCGUACGGUUUAUUGGUGAAUGCUGCCGAUAGACGUGGUAGAGUUUUGAAUUACCAGUUAUUUUUGCCAGGAGUCUCGCUCUGCAUUUGUUUUUAUUAAGUUUUAUAUACUGUAUAUUCUACUGAAUUCUUCAAUCUCAAAGAUGGUAGAUAUGUAGAAGCAGUAUUCGUCAGUUCUCAUUGGAUUAUUGGUUCUGAACCUUCGCAAGCCUGCCGAACCCCUCUGCUAUUUUUCAAGCUCCUGUAGAACCCCUUCUCAUUGAACGACUGUACCUGAAAUCGCAAUCAGAACUUCAAGAAUGGGAAACUGUAUAAUCGUAGAUACCAAUCCACUUUAUGGCAACAUUCAUUGGUGUAUCGCAAUGGUGUUGGAUGCAAAUGUUUUUUGUUGUUCAAGUUAUGUGGGUGACAAGGCCAGAUGAUGAAAAACAAAGAAAAAAAUCAACUUCGGAGAUCGGGAAGAUGAUAUGACGCCUCAAAAACGUUGGUGGUACAUUUCGUGUGAUUGGUUAGCAGAGAGACACACCCACCAACCUGCAAUAAAAGUGCACGUUAUGUGACCGUUGCAUAAAAAAACCAAGGUUAUUCUGUUAAGUUUUAAAAACAAGUUUGUUUUUAAAUUAAAAAUUAGUGGCGAGAAUAAAAAAAUAUGGUAGUAGUUGCA